AUGUCACGCCAUACGCGCUAUGAACGAAAAAGAAAGUGUGCAAAGUGUAACAUCACUGCCACAGAAGAUGGAAACUUGAGUUUCCACAGAUUUCCUCUACCUGGUAGACAUACAUUUUUAAAGGCACGUGUAUGGGCUGAAUACUGUUACCCUACUGGAGAGUGGUCUGAGAAAUCACUAAGAGACUUGCACUCGCAACACAAAAUGUUAUGCAGUAAGCACUUUGAUGAUUCCUCAUUCACUAACAGUGCGAGGAUAAGAUUGCACAAUUUUGCCAUCCCAACUGGGACACAGGAUUUAAUGGUAAAGAUUCGCCAGGAACAAUGUGCAACUGCAAGUGAAAGUAAACAAGAUACAAAUAUCUCAGUUGAAAAACCUCAAGUGCUAGUGUUGGAACCUUCAUUACCUGUUCAGGUGCCAACCACAGCCAACCCAACUACAUCUUUACCUGUUCAAGUGCCAACCAUAUGUGAACCAACUACUGAUAGCUUGAAGAUGCUAGUGUUGGAACCUUCAUUACCUGUUCAGGUGCCAACCACAGCCAACCCAACUACAUCUUUACCUGUUCAAGUGCCAACCAUAUGUGAACCAACUACUGAUAGCUUGAAGAUGCCAAGGACUAAAGGAAUUUUGAAGGAACUAGAUUUAAGCAAGUCAUUGGAAUUGACCCCUAAGAAACUUAAACUGUAUAAAAGAUGUAGGAGAAAUUUGAGCGAAAUAAUGAGACUUAGAAAAAAAAUUAAGAAACAACCACGUGCCCUCUUCAAAACAUUAACUACAAAUAGUAAUGUCCAAAGUCUCAUGGACAAAAAUAUAUCAGGGCCAUUUGCUUUAUUGUUGCAAAGUCAACUGCAAAAUACUCCCAGAAAACUAACUGGUCGGAGGUGGAGUAUAGAUGACAAAGUUAUGGCUUUAAGCAUCUAUAAAAGGUCUACUGGCUGCUAUAGACUGCUGAGGCGACUUUUUUGUCUACCAAGUGAAGGUACAUUAAAAGCAUUGCUGAAUAGAAUUCCGAUGAAAUGCGGUAUAAAUAGCCAAAUAUUCAAAACAAUUAAAGAUAUAACUAAAAAUCGAGAACCAGAAGAAAAUCUGUGCAUUUUGGCAUUUGACGAAAUGUCAAUACGAAAACAUUUGCAAUAUAAUAGUAAACAAGAUGUAAUUGAUGGUUAUCAAGAUCAUGGAAAUCAAGGCAGAACUAUGGAGCCAGCCACACAUGCAUUGCUUUUUAUGGCUAUUGGAAUCCGAAAAAAGUGGAAGCAGCCUUUAGCUUUCUACUUUUCUGGUGACUGUGUUACGGCUGAUAGAUUAUCUGUUCUUAUAAAAGAAGUACUUGAUGCAAGCUUCCAAGCUGGGUUGAAUGUCACAGCUACUGUAUCGGACAACUUUGGUGUGAACAUCAAAGCACUAAACUCCCUUGGUUCCUCAGUGGCUCAACCAUAUUUUGAGUUUAAAGGCCAUGAAAUCGUCACAAUUAUAGACCCACCUCACCUAAUCAAAUGCUUCAGAAAUAAUUUACUGAAGUACGACAUUAAAUGCCCUCAAGUAUUGCAAAUUGAUGGAAAAUCUAUACCAGGUGUAGCCAAGAAUGCUUGCAAAGAUUGCGAACAAUGA